AUUAUAAUUAAACAAUGAUUUAUUAUUGUUAAAAUUUACUAUUAUUCUUACAAUAAAAACAGGUAUUAUCUUUUGCAUAAAACCUGCAAUUGGUAGAAAUCUUAGCAAAGCCCAAUCCACUGAACGAAGCUCAUUUCGAAAUUCCAGUAUUAAUAACAAUACAGACACGUUAGAAAAAUCAUAAAAUUAAAUCUAACAUGGAUAAAUUAAUUAUAUUGAAUGAAUCUACGCAAAGUAAUAUUAAAUUAGAGCAGAAAAACAUAAAUGGCAUUAAUUUAUGUAGUAAACAUAUGAAAUUAUCUCAGAAAGAACAGGAAAUUUUGGAGAAAUUCAUUAAAUCUUACACCUCUUCCAUUCUCGAGAAAUUCAUUAGGAAUAUUCAGAAAAUCAGAAUGUCUGAAAAAUUACAAAAAGAUUUAAAAUAUGUCAUCAGAAAUCUUAUAAUUAAUGAUCCUUUGCAAAAAGAUUUGAAUAUAUUUAGAUACAAUGCUAAUCGUAAAUCAUCUUGUGAAAAAAAUCCUAUGAGAUCUCCUGGCAAUGAUAAUGACCAUGAUGAUGACCUUAAUAAUAAACAUACCAUAAACUAUACUUUAUCGAAAGAUAAAAGGGAUGAUCGUAUAUCAUCUGAACUUUGGAAAAAAUGUCAAUCAGUGAUUAGUACUUUAUUAAAGAAUUUAUUGGGAAGGAAAAGCCAUGGUGUAAAAGAAUUGCGUAAACUCGAUGAUUCCUCACACACGUAUAGAAAUGAAAGUGUUAAUUUAAGAAGAGAUAUCACAUUUCAUGAAAUUUUAAGAAAAAUUUUAGAUGUUAUAGUUAAUUUUGAUGAGGCUACAACAAUAAAUGGAAGAAUGUCUUCAUCAUUAAUUUCCAGAAGAGAUUAUAAGGGAUCUUCAGCAUUCUGCUUAACAGAUCAAAUUAAUGUAGCUAAUGUUCGAUUUAGCUCAAACGAAUGGAUUAAUGCAUUGAUAGAACAUAAUUCUUCCACUGACAUCAAUGACAGUACUCAUUUUUCAUCAAUAUUUAAUAAAAAUGAUAUUUAUGGAAGUUCGUCUAAAAUUCUAGAUGAAAAUAUUAUGCAACAUUUAACUACAAAAUUGGAAGAAGAUUUACUUCAGGUUUCUUCAGAAAUAUUCCCUACAAUUACAGUCCAUCAACAUUCAAUGAUAGAACAUUAUCCAAUAAAAUGUUCUUCUUCUUCAAUAGACAUAAUGUAAAAAAAAUCAUGUAAUUAUUCUGAGAAUUCUUCAUCAGGAGGGGAUUUUGCUAAUGAUUCUACUGAAGAAGUUAUUUAAGAGAUUCGCAUGGAUAACAAUUCUUUAUAAGUUCAAUCAUAAUUGCGAUCUAAAUGAUUUAAUGUAAGAAAUAAUUCAUAGACAUUGAAGAAAACAAUAAAAAUAUUGCUGUUUAACAAUUAAGAAACAUUCUUUUAGAUGGAAAGUCAUAAUAAUUGCAGAGCAAUAUAAAAUAUUUACAAUAUUGUCUGCUAUACUAAAGCAUUUAUAAUGUAUAU